AUGGUGUUAGCCGACAGUAAUUUUCACAAAGGACUUGUGUUUCUUUUUCGUCUCGCUUGGGACUGCCGCUUCCGACUACCUUUGCUGAUUACAAUAGGAUUUAUGGUUUUGGAUGUACGGAUGCAAUUGGAGAUAAACGUUGACGUGGAUCCGAGGAAUCCGCGGGGUGAAGAGGAGGCUGAUGGAGAAGAUAGUGAGGAGUAUUCAUCGAACAGUGUUAGUAUUACUGAUGAUGACGAUUACUUAUCUUCGUACGAAGAAACAGAUUCUGUGGGAUGA